AUGCAGCCGCCCCGGGCCGCCUGGGCCGCGCCUCGGGGCCCGGUGGACGACGCGGCGCCUGCCGACGAGGAGGCGGCGGCCUUCCUAGGCGGCGGCGACCUGCCCCCCCGCGGGGAGCGCCUCUGCGCGCCGCCGGCUGGCUGCCCCGGCUGGAGGAAGGGCGGCUUGCUGAUCCUCGGCGCCACCGCCGCCCUCCUGGUCCUGGACGGCGCCCGCGCGGGGGGCGGCGUGCCGUCCCGGCGCUCCGGGCGGACGGUGGAGCUCGAGGACCAGGGGGCAUGCCACACGGCACUGGACGGGGAGGAGUGCUACACCUUGGUGUCCUGGGUCAUGAAGGAGAAGAACGACUGGGGGGGCCUUGGCGUCACGUCAUCUUCGACUCGGGAGGAAGUCCAGCAGGCCUUGCGCAACUCGGAAGCGGAGAGCGUGUGCCCCCCUCCGUGUGUCCGCGACUCGAACACCGACAGCGAAGAGACGGCUGCAGACAUGGCCACGGCAGUCGCCGAAGAGGACUCGUCCACCAGCACGGCCACGGCCACCUCGACGACCGUCGACGCAAUGUACAUGCGGGACAGGGCCAGGGCCACCGCCCUCGCCUUGGCGGCGCCGGCGCCAGACCUCCACGCGGCGGCCGCCGGGGCCUCCGCCGAGGGCGGCCCGGAGCAGCCGCCCCCGCAGGCGGCGCGCGCUGGCGACUGGACGCCCGCGAUCCCGCAUGCCGCGGGGGGCGCAGCGCCCGCGGCCCGGGCCCCGGGCGGCGCGGGCGGGCGCGAGCAGGCGCCGGCCGCCGUCUCGGCGAGGGGUUGCGGCGUCGUGCAGGACAUGGUGUAUCUGCCGGGCAACGACUUGCACACGAUCCCAAACGUCUCGAAGCCAGAGGAGUGCUGCACGGCUUGCGCCGAGCUUGCGGCCUGCGUCGCGUGGACGUGGGGCCGGCGGCUGAACGAGUCAUCGUCAGUGCUGCCACACGGCGCGCACAUGUGCUAUCUGAAGGGCUCCAAGCCGCGGGUGGUGCUCACGAGGUUGUUCGACCCUGGUUUCACGUCUGGCUGGACCACGCCAGCUAUGAGGCCUGGCUCCAUCACCACCCAGUGGCCGAUGGACAGGGGCUCGCUCUUGUGCGCCUCGUCGCUUUCUUUGUCGUCUGUCGGCCAGGGGGCGGCCAGGAGGCUGGUUGCGCUGCAGUACAACAUGCGGGCAAGCAUUUUCAACUGCGACGAGUACAUGGUGUUCGCGCUCGACGAUGAGACGCCAGUUGCUCCUGGUGUAUGGCCAGUGCUGCUGAGGCCAGCCGAGCCCGAGGGGCGAAUGGUUGGUAGUGGCAGCUGGGCGCGCUCCGGCGGCAAGGAGACAGUCGACCGUAUGCUCGUCCUCCGUGACAAGUUGCUGCACUGGCGGCUGCUCAUACAAAGUGGCCGGUAUCGCUUCCACGACUGGACCGUGGUGGUCGACCCGCAGGCCGUGUUCGUGCCAGGCCGGUUCCGUACGAGGAUCCGCGAUUUGAGUUAUCACCACGACGAGCAUAUGGCCGCGACCUUCGUAACCGCGUGUGGAGACCAUCCGAGCCAGGCGCUCGAGGUCCUGUCGCAGAAAGCCGUGGACGCCUGGUCCCUGGGCUGGGAGCGCUGCCUGGACUUCUUCGCCCCGCAGGCGUCGAUCAACCAAUCGAAGGAGGAAGGGCUAGUCGAUGAAUGCCUUGAGAUACUGCAGGUCAAGCGCGACACUGACGCACAUUUGCUGAACUCGCCAGACUGCAAGCAGACAGUCAACUGUUCGAACGUGUCUUUCACUGCAUAUCAUCCAUUCGGCACGGAGGAGUCGUACAGGCGAUGUCACGAGCAAUCCUCGCCCUCGACGCGGUAG